CCUGACCUUAAUUUGCUGCUUCUGCUACGACUCUACCUGAUCCUUUGAAACCCUUCAUGUCAUCAAAUGGCACUACCAUUGUAGACAAGUUGAUUCGAUUCACUGCCUACCGGUAGCUAGACUCGACUCGAGCCAGCGUGAAAAGAAGGGAAGGAUCGGUGGGCAGCAUGCAAACAUGGUGUCAUGCCAAGCCAAAGGAGAGCGACAGCAACAAUCCGAGCAGAGUACCAGGUACCAGGUAUGGGGAAGAAUGAUCAAUCUUACAACCCUACGGUACGCUGUGCCAGCUACUACUCUAGCUAGCUACUAGUACCACCUGGUACACCGUACUAGUACCAAAGGUUAUCCCUUUCCCUGGAACCAAUAGUACGAAUGAAUUGCCGGGACUAAAUCAAACCACGCACUUGUUUGCUCUUUCAAAGACGUCACUGUGUCGAGGAAGAUGCUGAUGUCAAACAGCAAACCGCCGACAUCUUCAAUCGUCGCCUCUCUGCGGUGGGACGUCUCUGAUCAUCAGAAGUGAUGGGUCCUUUCGGUUUGCUUGUGAAAUCCUUGCUCGAAGUCCGUAUCGCAUAAAUUAAGACCAAGAGUCAAUAGGAGCACCCUGCCAACUAUAGAAAAGAUGAAGUUUUCUGCAGCAUGCUUGAGCCUUUGUUUGGCCACUGCGGCGGCUUUUGCCCCCGCUCAGUACCAAACAGCAAAGACAUUGUCGACAGCUAGUUCUUUGGCUUCUCCACUUCGGAUGUCUACCACCGUCGAAGCACCAGCGACAACAAAUGAGGAAGCACCUGGAAUGAUGAGGCCGCCGAUUGACAUGAAGUGGGAAGAGGUCGCCGCUCAGCUGCAAGAAGCAUUUGGAUACAGCCAAACUGAACUGGAUUCAUACACCAUGCUUGACUCUGACAAGGAGGGAUUAAUGAAAUUGUACAAAGCCAUGCAAACAGCCAGAGCUUUUGAGAAUGCCUGCAACCAACAAUACAUGCAAGGAAAGAUCCGUGGUUUUAUGCAUCUUGACAAUGGACAAGAGAGCAUCCCUGGUCUUCUUGACUAUGCACUCAAACCAGAUGACAAAAAGAUCUCUUACUACAGAGAACACACUCACGCCAUUGCCAGUGGUGUAGACAUGGGAGAGGUCAUGGCAGAGCUUUUCAUGAAAGAUACAGGAACCUGCCGUGGUGCUGGUGGAUCCAUGCACAUCUUUGACAAAGAAACUUACUUCCAGGGUGGCUGGGCUCUUGUCUGUGAACAACUUCCAUAUGCUUGUGGUUUGGCCAAGGCCAUCCAGUUGGAUAAGCACUUGGGAAUCUCAGAUGAUGCCGAAGUCAAGGCCAAGGACAAUGUCCCCCCACCAGCGGAUGAUGACCGAAUUUCUGUUGUGUUCAUUGGAGAGGGUGGGUCUCAGAAUGGCCGCAUGGCUGAAGUUCUCAACUCUGCCUCCAAGGAUAAUCUCCCCUUGCUUAUCAUUGUCAUUGACAAUGGCCGUGCCAUCAACACUUUCACUCCUGAUGUUGCAAAGAACUCGGAUGUGUUCAAGCAAGGAAAGCACUAUGGAGUUCCUGGUCUUUUGGUUGAUGGAAACAACCCCGCUGAUGUGGCCAAGGGAGGCAAGGCGGUUAUUGACUACAUUCGCAGUGGCAAGGGCCCUGCUGUCUUGCAGGUACACACCUACAGAUUCAACGGUCACUCCCCUGCUGACCCUGAGCAUGAGCGUGGUCGCAAGGAUGAGAAGGCUUGGGCUCGUUCUGAACAAGAUCCCAUCAAAAAUUUUGAGGCUAUCUACACUGCCAAUGGCAUGUUCACUGAAGAAGAACUGAAGGCAACAAGGAAAGAAGUCUUGGCUGAAGUGAAGGCUUGUGUUAAGUUUGCUGACGAAUCUCCCAUGCCUCCUGUUGAGCUUGCCAAGGAGCUUGAAUACCCUGACGCUGCAGAUACAGACUACAACUUGAAGGAGGGCCCUGCAUGGGCUGAUGAGGUCAAUGCCAGAACCAUCAGUCCUGAGAAGAUGGAGACUGUCCAGGCACACAUUGCUGAUCUCCAGGCCAAGGCCAAGGAUUGA